AUGAAACAGAACAAGAGUCCUUGGACCCCAGAGAAAGGAAAUAAAAACAUAUUUCCUACGCAUGGAGAUUUGGUUGAAGGUAGAAUACUGCAUGGGAACUCACCUACUGAGCUUAUUGAACACUUCACAGAAACCAUUGGGAGACCUCAAAAACUUCCCGAUUGGAUAAUAUCAGGUGCUGUCGUGGGAUUGCAAGGUGGUACUGAAACAGUACGUCAUAUGUGGAAGGAGCUGCAGGCUCAAGAAACUCCAGUAUCGGCAUUUUGGUUGCAGGACUGGGUAGGGCAGAGGAAGACAGUUAUUGGAUCACAACUUUGGUGGAACUGGGAAGUGGAUUCAAAUAGGUACUCAGGAUGGCGGCAAUUAGUCAAAGAUCUAGGUGCACGGGAUAUUAAAGUGAUGACAUAUUGUAAUCCUUGUUUAGCUCUGAUGGACGAUAAGCCUAAUGCAAAAAGAAACCUAUUUGAGGAGGCGACAAAGUUAGACAUCUUAGUGAAGGAGAAAAAUGGAGACCCAUAUAUGGUUCCUAAUACAGCUUUUGAUGUUGGAAUGCUGGAUCUGACCCAUCCAAAGACAGAAAGUUGGUUCAAACAGAUUUUGCAAGAAAUGGUGGAUGAUGGAGUCCGGGGAUGGAUGGCUGAUUUCGGUGAAGGCCUGCCAGUUGAUGCCUGCCUUUAUUCAGGUGAAGAUCCAAUUACGGCCCAUAAUAGAUACCCAGAGCUAUGGGCAAAAAUAAACAGGGAAUUUGUAGAAGAAUGGAAAAGUAGUCUCGUGGGUAAGGAGAAGGAAGAUCCAGAAGACGGCCUGGUAUUCUUCAUGAGGGCUGGUUUCAGGAAUAGUCCAAAAUGGGCGACCCUAUUUUGGGAAGGUGAUCAAAUGGUAAGCUGGCAAGCUAAUGAUGGGAUAAAGAGUGCAGUGGUAGGAUUGCUCAGCAGUGGACUUUCAGGGUAUGCUUUGAAUCAUAGUGAUAUUGGAGGCUACUGUUCUGUGAACUUACCAUUUUUUAAGUAUCAAAGGAGCGAAGAACUACUCUUGCGGUGGAUGGAGCUGAAUGCAUUCUCCGUUGUCUUCCGGACACAUGAAGGAAACAAACCAACUAGCAACAGCCAGUUCUACUCCAACCACAGAACAUUAUCGCAUUUCGCACGCUUUGCCAAGAUAUACAAAGCUUGGAAGUUUUACAGGAUCCAACUAGUUAAGGAAGCCUCUGAAAAGGGACUACCUGUUUGUCGCCAUCUAUUCCUCCACUAUCCAGAAGAUGAAUACGUGCAUACAUUAACAUAUCAGCAAUUUCUAGUAGGCACAGAGAUCCUAGUAGUGCCUGUUCUAGAUAAAGGCAAGGAAGUGGUUAGGGCUUAUUUUCCAAAAGGAGAAAACUAUUCAUGGAAGCAUGUUUGGACAGGAAAACUAUAUUCUAAACCAGGUUCUGAGGCUUGGGUGGAAGCUCCAAUUGGAUACCCAGCCAUUUUUGUCAAAGACUCGUCUAAAAUUGGAGACACCUUUCUGAAAAACCUCAAAGAAUACAAUGUCCUAUAAAGAAGUUACAACCGAAAUGGAUGCUGUAGAAUUGUUUAGGUUUGUUAACAAAGAGAUGUACAGUCUCUACAUAUCUCAUAUUCUACCAGGCAUUUGUUAAUUUUUACGAUGAUAACCAUCAUCAUACAAGUACAUAAAUCAUUACAAUUGCUUGAAUUUCA